AGGGCGGACUUGUUUCUCAGAAGCCACACCCACCACCAAUUCGCGGUUGUCAAUCAAGAAACGUCAGCUUGUGCUGUGCAGGUGCAGGGAGAGAAUUGCUGCAUUGGUGCAAUAGGAGCUGAGCCGAACCAAGAGAGAAAGAUGGCAUCUGCUACAGACUCACGUUAUGGCCAGAAAGAGUCCUCCGACCAGAACUUUGAUUACAUGUUCAAGAUCCUAAUUAUUGGGAACAGCAGUGUGGGCAAAACCUCUUUUCUCUUCCGAUAUGCAGACGACUCCUUCACCCCAGCAUUUGUCAGUACGGUGGGAAUCGACUUCAAAGUGAAAACUAUUUACAGGAACGACAAAAGAAUCAAGUUGCAGAUCUGGGACACAGCAGGGCAAGAGAGGUACAGGACAAUAACCACAGCUUACUACAGAGGGGCCAUGGGAUUCAUUCUGAUGUAUGAUAUCACAAAUGAGGAGUCAUUCAAUGCUGUCCAGGACUGGUCAACUCAGAUCAAGACUUACUCCUGGGACAAUGCACAGGUUUUACUGGUUGGGAACAAAUGUGACAUGGAAGAUGAACGAGUUGUGUCUGCUGAAAGAGGAAGGCAACUGGCAGAGCAUCUAGGUUUUGAAUAUUUUGAAGCUAGCGCCAAAGAUAACAUCAAUGUGAAGCAGACAUUUGAACGUUUGGUGGAUAUCAUCUGUGAAAAGAUGUCCGAGAGUUUGGAUACAGCUGAUCCAGCCGUCACCGGAGCCAAACAAGGACCCCAACUCACUGACCAGCAGGCACCACCACACCAAGACUGCGCCUGCUAAGGAACGAAAAAGUCCUAGCCUUGUACACAAACCGUUCCUCCCUCCCCCAACCUCCCUACCUUCAAUAGAGUGGUGACCUCUCCCCCAUGACCUUGAAUACUGCAUAUCGUCCCAAGAUGACUCUGUCUGUUACAAUCUUUUUAGUUAGAAUAUACAGUAUGUAGCAAAGAAAGAGAUCAAACAGAAUGGUUGAUAAAACAAAAUAGUUAAAAUAUAUAUAUAUAUAUAUAUAUAUCUAUAGAGAGAGAACGAGAGAGAUGGGUGCAAUUUUUCAGAACUGAGUGGGUACAGCUGAGAAAUGGUUGGAUAAAAAUCGCUUUUUCCAUCAUUGCUCAGUGGGGACUACAUUUGCCUUUUAACAUUAGGCACAUUUAUCAAGGGUCGAAUUUCUAAUUCAUGUGAGUUUUUAAAAACUCCCAUAAAUUCGAAAUUCGUCCAAUCAAUAUUUAUUGCGAUCGAAUCUUUUAAACGCUGAUGAAUUGAAUCUACUGGAAAACCUGAAACUAAAUUGAUUCAAAUUAAAAACAUCACCAAAUUGAUCCCUGGCCCUCUCCCGUUGACGUAUACCGUAAUUCAGGAGGUGGCGAAUAGUCAAGUUCGAGUUCUUUAAGGGCCCAGAGUAUGAUAAAUCUCAGAAUUCAAAUUAAAACUCAAAUUUGAGAGUUUUGACCAAAACAUUUUUUUUAAUUUUCACUUCAACCCUUAAUAAAUUUGCCCCUUGAUGUUGGUACUUGCUCUUAUUACUGAUGAUUUAAGGGAUUACUGUGCAGGACAAAUAUACCUUAUACACAAUAUCAAGUGUUUAAACAGGUAUUUCUACUGCUAACAAAGUCUAACCUCAUGGCCUUUCUACAACUUGAUGUUUAGGACAUACUGACUAGGCCAUAGUAUUGGCAUUACAUUAGCUGUAUCCUGGUGUAGCACAAUCACCCUUACCGACCAAGUAGUAGUAGUACCAGGAAAUUCUUAUCAGGGACACUCUAUACAUUUGGUGAUAACUGGCAGCCCUUCUUAGUACCAGGAGACUGUGGAACCUCAGAAAAAUAGAUGAACCCAUAUUUGGGAAUGACCAUUGCUUUAAAGGAGGAGGGGGUGCCAAAUGUUAGGCACCCCCAAGUGAAUGUAUUUACUUACCUGCAACCCCGGGCCAAUGCUCCUAUCAGCAGAAAACUGCACCAGCCUGGGAUUAUACCAGUGAGCACCACGGAGCGAUCCUCUUCUGGCUUCUACUUUCUUCUCGCAGCUGCGCAUGCGCAUUAGAGUGAAAAGCUGAACUUCAACUAAAAAAUCGGCUUCUUUCUACUGCGCAAAUCGUCUGCCUCGGGUAAUUUGAAGAAACGAGAAAACAAGUGCUCUGUGGUGCUCACUGGAAUAACCCCGGGCCGGUGCAGUUUUCUGCUGAUAGGAGCACCGGCCCGGGGUUUCAGGUAAGUAAAUACAUUCACUUGGGGGUGACUAACAUUUGGCACCCUCAAGUGCUGAAUGACUUUCCUUCUCCUUUCAGUAAUACUCUUGUAGGGAAUACAGUGCCCCUUUAAGUAAUGAGGCAUUCCUGCUUGAAGACAGCCGUUUUCUCGUUAAAUAGAUUUUUCCAAGCAUUUCUAUAGCCUACCCUUCAGCACUAAUGUAAUUUUGUCUGCAUGAAAAUGAAUGUUCUCUAAACCUUCUCCAAUUUUUCCCCCCUCCCCAUUUUUUUUUUUUUUUUAGUGCGUGUUGGGUGUGUGUUCAGAAACGUCCAUAUCAUAAAUCUUUCUUCCCUUUUUUUGUGUUCAGAUUAUUUAUAUAUAUAUAUAAUAUAUAUUUUUAUUAUACCGUGUCUCGUGUCUGAAUCUGAUGUAUGCAACUCAUAUCAUCCUAUUUUCAUGAAGUGCAGUUCCAGCUCUGUGCCACUAGAUGGCAGCUGCUUAUAGAGGAGUUCAGUGGCCAGUAAGUCAUUUUGUCCUCUGCAUUAGGUGGUCAUAGAACCUUUUAUCCCUUGGAAAUAAAUAUUUUAAUUCUAUAUAAAGUAUAAAGGUAGUCACAACGAUAUAUAUAUAGCAAAUUGUAUGUUGAAUAUCAUAUGCUUUUUAAGAAUGCAUUAAUUUGAGUGCUGUGAAUUUCCUAUGAGAUUUUGUUCAUGUAGUUAGAAUAAAAAGUAAAAAAUGAAA